AUGAAUUACAAGACUGAAAACGAACAUCGAGAGGAUGUAGAGGAACCAGUCUCCGAGACGGCAGAGGGAGAGGGGAAUACCUGGCCCCCCCGGGGACUCGAUACUAGAACAAUACUAGUGCUCUUGGCCAUGAACCUCAUUUCCUUUACUCAGAUUCUAAACUUGGUGGGGUCUGCUGCAUUUUCAACCGAGAUCGCCGAAGUGGUGGGCCAAGCUGACACUUCGGUCUGGCUCAAUCAAGCAGUUGCAAUCCUCACGUGCGUGCUUGGGCCCCCAGUCUCUCAAGCGGCUGAUUAUUGGGGAAGAAAAUGGUUUAUUGUCAUCCUCACCCUGUUGGGCGUGAUCGGUAGCAUUAUUGUAUCAAGGGCAACAUUCAUGGGGAUGGCUAUUGCGGGCGAGGUUGUCGGAGGUCUUUCCUACGGCGCGCAGCCUUUGCUCUAUGCCGUCUCCUCUGAGAUCGUCGCCAGACGCUACCGGCCACUGGCCCAAGCAGGAAUGAAUAUCACUCUCGCGCUCGCCGGACUGUUUGCGCUGCUGGUGGGCUCGACGCUGAUACAGGACAACCCGGCUGGAUUCCGCAAUUAUUGGUACAUCAUUGCGGCUAUCCAGGCGGCUUCGGCUGGUAUCUGUGUAAUCUUGUACAAUCCACCUCCCCGGCCGCUGCAGCUGUCAUUGUCAACACGCCAAAAGCUUGAAGCCUUGGACUGGAUUGGAUAUGCACUUCUGGCCAGUGGCAUUGUCCUGUUCUGUAUAGCGUUGACCUGGUCUCAAAACCCCUAUACCUGGACCGACGCUCAUAUCCUCGCCCCGUUUAUUCUAGGGGUGGUCAUUCUGAUAGCCUUCGGUCUCCAUCAGGCGUUCUUGAAAGACGAUGGGAUGUUACACCAUGACCUUUUUCGCAACCGUAAUUUUGCUCUCGCCAUACUCUGCAUCUUUAUUGAAGGCAUGGUGUUCUUCGCCGCAAACAACUUCUUCCCUAUGGAAGCUGGUAUCCUCCUCCAGGCCGGUACAUUUCAAGCUGGUUUGCGAUUUUGCAUCUGCUUCUGCACAGCCAUUGCCAGCUCCGUAGGCAUCGCGAUAUAUUCUUCAUUUACCAAAACACUGCGUGGUCCGACAAUAAUGUCGUUCAUCUGCUUUGCCAUCUUCAAUAUCCUGAUGGCCACACUCACUCCUUCGAACAAGACCGCAUUGUGGGGUUAUCCAGUUCUCCUUGGCUUAGGUCUCGGGAUUUGCCUGACCUGCAUUAUCGCCCUUGCACAAUUCAGCACCCCGCCGCAUCUCAUUGCCCUGGCCAGCGGCUUGAUGGUGGGCGCCCGGUCAUUAGGUGGUUCGGUGGCUUUGGCCAUCUACACUUCCAUCUUUAAUUCGGAGCUUACCCAACACCUUGCCAAAGAUAUAGCCAACAAGGUCAUACCGCUGGGACUUCCAGAGUCGGAAUUGGGUUCUUUCAUUACGGCCCUAACCUCCAAUAACCAAACGCAGCUUCUGGAAAUGUCUAAUGUCACGGGCCAGAUCAUUGAGGCAGGAGUAUCAGGGCUUCAGUCGGGCUAUACGUCCGCCUUCCGAUUCGUAUGGGUGACCGCGGGUGCAUUGUCACUGGUUGGGAUUGUUGCUGCUUGGUUCUUGCGGAACCCACAAAAUGAAUUUAGUCUGGAGGUAGAUGCUCCCAUCGUCUCCCGUGAAACGCAUUGCGAUGAGUCUGUUCACUCAGCUUGA